CCGGCCCUGUGGCCCGGAAACGGAAGUGUGAUGUCCUCGGAGUCAGUGUGUUAUUUGGUGGUCGCAGCAUUUAGGGAAGUAUCUUCGCUUCACUUUUCCUGCCUUUAGAGCGCUUCCCCCCCCCUCGCGGGUGGGAGUGCCGGGACGGCGGUGCGAGAUGAGCACCAUGUUCGCGGACACACUACUCAUUGUUUUUAUCUCCGUGUGUACGGCUCUUCUCGCUGAGGGCAUAACUUGGGUCCUGGUUUACAGGACAGACAAAUACAAGAGACUGAAGGCAGAAGUAGAAAAACAGAGUAAAAAAUUGGAAAAGAAGAAGGAAACGAUAACAGAGUCAGCUGGUCGACAACAGAAAAAGAAAAUAGAGAGGCAAGAAGAGAAACUAAAAAAUAACAACAGAGAUCUAUCGAUGGUUCGAAUGAAAUCGAUGUUUGCAAUUGGCUUUUGCUUUACUGCCCUAAUGGGAAUGUUCAAUUCCAUAUUUGAUGGUAGAGUGGUGGCAAAGCUUCCCUUCACCCCCCUCUCCUACAUCCAAGGGCUGUCUCAUCGAAACCUGCUGGGAGAUGACACCACAGACUGUUCCUUCAUCUUCCUGUAUAUUCUCUGUACCAUGUCGAUUCGACAGAACAUCCAGAAGAUUCUGGGCCUUGCCCCUUCACGAGCUGCCACCAAGCAGGCAGGUGGAUUUCUUGGCCCUCCACCUCCUUCUGGGAAGUUCUCCUGAAAUCAAGCAGAAUCCCUUAAUUGCUGUCAUUCUUUUUAGAUACAUCAGACUGGUAACUGUUUUGUAGCAAGAGCCACAGGCAGCCUUGGCACUCAGGCCACUUUCUAGUUUUGAGUUAUUUGUAGCUUUUUGCAUACAAUUAGAAUUAGAGUGGCACCCAACAAACAUGAGUGCGCUUUUGGUCACAGGUGAAAUUUUUUUUUUUUCAAUGAGUGUGUUGAUUAGGUAGCCUUAGGUGAUGUUUAUGUAAUGAAAAACAAAUGACAUCUUUCUUGUUCCGCUUAUGCAAAUAUUUUCUGUGGGCCUGGCCCGCAAGACUGUGCCGUGUGCGAUCUACCAGGGAAGUUGGCUCUCUGUGAGCAUUUAGAGAGCUGGGGAAAAAAUUUAGUUCAUUUAGUUAGUUAAUUGGAACUGUUUGUCUUGUUGGAUUUUUUCAAGCCAAAUACAUGACCAGAGACCAAUAAAGAGGCCAAAUUUUUAGCUACUUCGUUUACAAAGAGAGAUCUGUUUUGUUUUACUUUGGCAUAUGUUUUUAGUAAUCUGGAAAAAAGGGUAGACAUUGGCCAGGAAGGUCAAAAAUCUAGACUAUUGAGGGGCCUUAGUGGUUCCUUUCAGAUCUUAAUGUAGACUUUUGGAUUCUUGUAAGGGCACGCUUAGGUCUUCCCUGGAGGCAAGGUAAUAUUUACACAUGAUUUAUCUUGUAGAAAGUCUUUUUAGUUACAGUGGCCUUCCGUUCCUGUCAUGCUCCUUAUCGUAAGGAAGGAAGACACUUACGCCAUGAUCCUCUCCCAUAAUCCGUGCAAUUAGAAGUCCUGUGUGGAUAACUCUGGCAAUAAACAUAUACAUUCAUCCAGAAUCUCCUUAGAUGCAGGUAUUCUACCAGUGAGAAAAGACACAAAGGAACAACCGUUACACUGACAGCAAACUUCCUGUCAGCAGUAGUAAAGACCAGAAGAUGAUGCAGUAUUAUCUUCAGAGUGCUGAGGCAAAAUAGUACCAACCUGGAAUUUCAUACAUACCUAAACCAUGGGAUUAGGGGACAAAAUAAAACCAUUUUCAGACAUACAAAAACUAAGAUAAUUGACUUAUUAGAGGAUAUAGUUCAGGGAAAGGAAAAAAAACCGC